CUCUCUUCUCUAAAUUCUCUGUUUAAAAAAUCCCCGCGGAAGUCGAGAAAGGCCCUUUCAGUUGACUUCUAAUCCCUCUUCUUCCCGCCACCUCUCUGCUCUUUGGAGAGAGAAGAGAAAUGGUACAGUUCCACGAACACAUAAUCUCUGAGCUCCUGGAAGACUCUAAUGGAGGCCUAGUAAUUCUCUCCUCAGGCCUCGCCCUCCACAAGCUCAUCUCCUCUCUCCUCUUCCUCCACUCUCCUUCUCAAGGUACCCUUCUCAUCCUCUCUUCAACUCCGUCUCAACGCUCCGCCAUCACCACCACCCUCCAAUCCCUCCAAAACCCUAUUAAUCAUGAAAACCCUAAUCCUAUUCUCCCUUCCGAGAUCACCUCCGAGCUCUCCACCCAACACCGUCACUCCCUUUACACCUCCGGCUCCAUCUUCUUCAUCACCUCCCGAAUCCUCAUCGUCGAUCUCCUUAACUCCAAGGUUCCCACCUCAAACCUCGCAGGGAUUAUCAUUCUCAAUGCCCACUCCCUCUCUGAGACCUGUACCGAAGCCUUCAUCGUCCGCAUCUUCCGAUCCCUCAACCGAACCGCUUAUGUACGCGCCUUCUCCGAUAAGCCUCAUGCCAUGGUCUCCGGUUUUGCGAAGGCUGAGCGGAUCAUGAAGUGCUUGUUCGUUCGGAGACUGCAUCUUUGGCCGAGAUUUCAGGUCUAUGUGUCUCAGGACUUGGAGAGGGAUCCACCGAUUGUGGUGGAUAUUAGGGUUCCGCAAUCGAACUUCAUGAAGGGUAUUCAGAAGGCCAUUGUUGAGGUGAUGGAUGCUUGCUUGAAGGAAAUUAAGAAGACUAAUAAGGUCGAUGUCGAAGAUUUGACAGUGGAGAAUGGGUUAUUUAAAUCGUUUGAUGAGAUUGUAAGGUUGCAGCUGGAUCCCAUUUGGCAUACCCUGGGGAAGAAGACGAAGCAGCUCGUUUCCGAUUUGAGGACUCUGAGGAAAUUGUUGGAUUAUCUUGUCAGGUAUGAUGCUGUGACGUAUUUGAAGUAUUUGGAUACACUGAGAGUGUCCGAAGGUGUUCGGUCCGUUUGGAUUUUCGCAGAUUCCAGCCAUAAAAUAUUCGAAUUUGCUAAAAGGCGGGUUUACCAGUUGGUGCAAUCUGAUGGUGUUAAACUGAUUCUGGAAGGUAAGAGCGGAAUGAUCAAAAAGAGGAAGUUGAAGGAUAACAAGAAUGAGAAAGAAGGAAAUGGAGAUUCCUCUGGAACGAGUUCAAGUAGAAGGGUUGUUCUAGAGGAAAUUUUGGAGGAAGCACCCAAGUGGAAAGUGUUACGUGAGGUACUGGUAGAGAUAGAAGAAGAAAGACAAAAGCAAGCUACGUCAAGUGUCGGGGAGCUUACCGCUGAAAUUUCAGAGGUUGAUGACAACAUUGUUUUGGUGGCCUGCAAAGAUGAACGCUCAUGCAUGCAACUUGAAGAAUGUGUUAUGAAGGGCCCACAGCAGGUCAUGCGAGGAGAGUGGGAAAAGUACUUGAGGAGCAAAGGAGAGCUACAUGGCGUGCGAACGCGCAACAAAAAGAAAUCUAAGGAGCCUAAAGGUUUUGGUAUAUUGGGUGGUGUGGUUCCAGCCAUGCCUAGAGAGGAUACAGAAACUGUAAGCAUUAGCAAACUGGAGCAUGAUGCACUACUGGCAGCAGCAUCAGAGAUAAAUAACACCAGUGAAGGAGACACUGUUGGUGCUGAUAAUUGUCAAUCUCCUCCUGGAAUUAGAGGACGUGGAAAAGGAAGAGGGAGAAGAAGGAGCAAAAGGGCUACAGCAGAUGUUCAAACUUCUAAAAGUAUUGAUUGUAAUGGGAGGAGUGGAGACAAAAUGAAGACCAAAAUAUCUGUUUCAAAAAUUGAAGGGAGUGAAACUUAUCCAAAAGAAGCAGAUAAUUGCCAUGAAGACGCACCGAAAAGUUCUUCUGUUAAUAGAGCAUUUCUGCGGAAGCAUAAUCAGGAUGUUAAUGCCACAGACACCAAUGCUAAACCACUCCCACUGGUGCACUUUUAUGCCCUAGAUAGUGAUCAGCACAUACUUGAUAUUUUGAAGCCCUCAGUAAUUAUUGUUUACCACCCAGACAUGGCUUUUGUGAGGGAAAUUGAAGUCUACUCUGCUGAAAAUCCAUCAAAGAAAGUGAAAGUUUACUUCUUGUUGUACGAAGAUUCAACUGAGGUGCAGAAAUUUGAGGCAAGUAUACGUAAGGAAAAUGGAGCAUUUGAAUCUUUGAUUAGGCAGAAGUCGCUGAUGAUGAUCCCGGUUGAUCAGGAUGGGCGUUGUCUUGGAUUGACUAGCUCCAGUGAACCGCAAUCUCUAACCUUACAGAACUCUGUAACUAGAAAGGCAGGUGGAAGAAAGGAAGUGGAGAAAGAAAUGCAGGUUAUAGUAGACAUGAGGGAGUUCAAUAGCAGUCUUCCUAAUGUUCUCCACCAGAAAGGCAUGCGUAUUAUACCAGUGACCUUGGAAGUUGGGGAUUAUAUCCUUUCACCAAUGAUAUGUGUGGAGAGAAAGAGUAUUCAAGAUCUUUUUCAAAGUUUUGCAUCAGGUCGCCUGUAUCAUCAGGUAGAGACGAUGGUGCGUUAUUAUCAGAUACCCGUGCUCCUAAUUGAGUUUUCACAAGACAAAAGCUUUUCCUUUCAGUCUGCGAGUGAUAUUGGUGAUGAUGUUUCGCCAACAAGUAUAAUUUCAAAGCUGACACUGCUUGUUAUGCAUUUCCCCCGCCUACGCCUUGUCUGGUCCAGGAGCUUGCAUGCUACAGCUGAGAUAUUUGCAUCAUUUAAGGCAAAUCAAGAUGAACCUGAUGAGAGCAAGGCUAUGAGAGUUGGUGUCCCCACAAAUGAGGGCAUUGUGGAGAAUGAUGUGAGAGCCGAAAAUUACAACACUACUGCUGUUGAGUUCCUGAGGCGGCUUCCGGGCGUGACGGACUCCAACUACAGGUCUCUGAUGGAUGGGUGUAAUAGCUUAGCUGAACUUGCACUACUUCCUGUUGGGAAACUAGCUGAACUUAUGGGUGGUCAGAGAGCAGCUCAGACCCUGCGGGACUUCAUUGAUGCAAAGUAUCCAACCCUGUCCUGAAACUAAAUUAGUUUCUUUAUAAAUUGUAAUUGUUGAACAUUGAUCCUGCAAUUUGAUUACAGUGUAUUGCAAUAAAGUUCUCCUUUACCUGA